GGGGUAUUAACUAUUAUAGCGUUACUUUCGACCACCUGGUUCCUGCUGACAAUGCCGACCCAGAGGUGCUACAGAUCAACAAAUAUUAUUGAGACAGAGGACAACAACAGUGCGUAUGCAAAUAAGUAUUUACUGUUCCCAGUAGAUGCUAAGGAUUACACGGGGAAGAAGCUUCUCGCCGUACCAAGGUGCUGUCAGAAACGUAAAGGUACACAAGACCGCGGCAGAGUGAACGACUCGGUACGACGAUGGGAGGAAGCAAGGAAAUUAGAAAGCCAAAACGCCUAGGGUAUACUUAUAUAG